CUGUACAGUUCCUCUCUAGACUGUGCACUGCUGUCUGCUCUGGGGCUCUCUCCAAGGCAGCUCAAGUCUCCAAGCACAUCUCCUGCAUCAUCAAGCCAGGACCAAGGAUCUGCCUGCAGCCUGCCAGGAUGAGGAACCCCUGCCUCCUCCUGCUCCCCCUGCUCCUGCCCUUAGUCUGCACUUUGGGAGAAGGCAAGGAGCUGGAGAACACCGGCAAUUUCAUGGAAGAUGAGCAAUGGCUGUCUUCCAUCAACCAGUAUAGUGGCAAGAUCAAGCACUGGAACCGCUUCAGAGAUGAUGACUACAUCAAGAGUUGGGAAGACAACCAACCAGGAGAUGAAGGCCUGGACACCACCAAGGACCCUUGCCAGAAAGUGAAAUGCAGUCGACAUAAGGUUUGCAUAGCCCACGGAUAUCAGAAAGCAAUGUGCAUAAGUCGGAAGAAGUUGGAACACAGAAUUAAACAGCCCAACCUCAAGCUUCAUGGAAACAAAGAUAACCUCUGCAAGCCAUGCCAUGUAACUCAGCCAGCAUCAGUGUGUGGUUCUGAUGGACACACAUACAGCUCUGUGUGUAAACUGGAGCAGCAGACAUGUCUUAGUAGCAAACAGCUUACUGUUAGAUGCCAAGGCUCAUGCCCGUGCCCUACAGACAACACUCCCACAACAACCACCACUACCACUGUGGAUACCAACAAGCAAGGAGAAACAUGCACUGGCCAGGAUUUGGCGGAUCUUGGUGAUCGUUUACGAGAUUGGUUCCAGCUCCUUCAUGAAAAUUCUAAGCAAAAUAACACAGCAAAUCCUGGAGCAAAACAAGUGACUGUGCUAGACAAAACCUUGGUGGCCAGCUGCAAAGACUCAAUAGGCUGGAUGUUCUCUAAGCUGGACUCCAACAAUGACCUCUUUCUGGACCAGGCAGAGCUGGCAGCCAUCAACCUUGACAAGUAUGAGAUCUGCAUCCGGCCUUUCUUCAACUCCUGUGAUACUUACAAGGAUGGGCGCGUAUCCACUGCUGAGUGGUGCUUCUGUUUCUGGAGAGAGAAGCCUCCAUGUCUCGCUGAACUUGAAAAAGUACAGAUCCAAGAAGCAGCAAAGAAAAAGCCUGGAGUUUUCAUUCCCAGCUGUGAUGAAGAUGGGUAUUACAGGAAGAUGCAGUGUGAUCAGGCCAGUGGGGAGUGUUGGUGUGUGGAUCAGCAUGGCUCUGAGCUGACAGGAACCAGAAUACAUGGGAACCCAGACUGCGAUGAUAUUGUUGGAUUCUCGGGAGAUUUCGGGAGUGGUGUCGGCUGGGAAGAUGAAGAAGAGAAAGAGACAGAAGAUGCUGGUGAGGAGGCAGAAGAGGAAGAGGGAGAGACAGGCGAGGCAGAUGAUGGAGGAUACAUAUGGUAGACCCUAAGCAGCACAGCCCUGUAUGGGCAAUGCCACCAAGUUUGGAAGACUGCAGUAAAUAGUAAUCAGAUGCCACAGUGAUCAGGAAACACAGCUGAAUGUACAUUAUAUUUCAACAGAAAUUGUGUGUGUGAGCAUGCAGGUGUGCCUGUUGACUGACUGCUUUGAAAAUUGCCGCUCAUUUCCUUCCCCAUAACCUAUGUGAGCUGCUCUACGGCAGGCAAGAGAAAUACAUACAUUCAUUUUCCUUUAAAGACAUGGCGUUGUUGGCAUAUAAUCUAACAUUGGAAUAUCCCAUUUGUUAUUUCAAGAAUCAAGCACACAUGUCUGGGGCACACUUUGUCAUUGGGUGAGGAGUUCGUUUUCAGCCACAGGUCCUGUGUGAACAAGCAUAUAUUAGACAAUAUCUAUGUGUUAAAAAGAGGAGUAAAGGAAGCGCUGCUAGAUAAAUAGACCGUAAGAACACAUAUCUCAGUGUAUAUGUUGACGUUAAGGCUUUUCUUUUGCUUGGCGGUCCAUCUUUACUGUCAUUGUGAGACUUGUGCUUGGUAAUGACUCUACCUGAUCUCUCCCACUCCUCCUGGCAAUGUCACAAUGUUUGAGACUUUACAACAUUCUGGCUUAGAUUGGAAGGAACAUGAUUUUUAGACUUCCAGUCUCUUUUAGUUUCCAUUCAUAUGUUUGCUGCCAUCUACCAUUAGAGCUCCUUUACCUGUACAGGCCAUUCAUCUUCCGCCCUUAUUAUGUGCAGCCUGUGGUCACAACCAAUGAAUAAUUCAGUUAGAUGUGUUUACCCUUUUUAUUGUUAUAAAGAAAUACUAACAUACAUUAUUAGCAUAUGUAGCAGCAUGCAUCUAAAGAAAAAGGUGGCUAUGUUGGCACAGUUACAGUAUUCAAAUAUAUUAUGUACCUAUGCUACUUGUGUGCACCAUGUAAGAGUAUACAUGACCUGUAUCACUGCUUUACCCUUCUGCUGCACAAAGUUUUAAAAUAUUGUCAAUAUAUAAAAUAGAAAGGACAGCGAAGCAAACUAUUGAUCUGUAUAUAUCACAGAUCCAUAAUAUAGUUAUGUGCAAAGACUUUUCGUUCCAUGAUACUGCAAUGCUGUAGAGAUCAUUCAGAGUAUGGAAAGCGAUGAUUAUAUGCUUUAGUGAUGAGGGGAUUUAUAGAGUCCAUGUCAGUUCAAAAACCUUGUCAAAAGUUUUGAUUGAUUGGGGUCUGAGUGUUUUUGGACCCCUGAUAAUCAUCAGAAUGAGCCAAGUGAACCACAUGGCUGUGCUCUUCUCUCCCUGGCUUGCUCCAUUCUCCAUCCAGUUGCACUAGACUUAUACUCCAUAGACUUAUAAUGGAGCCGUCUAGUGCAACUGGACAGUGCAGCCAGUCAUUCUAUUGAUCGUCAGGGGUCUAAACAAUCAGACCUCAACAGAUCAAAACAUUUGACAUAUGUCUCUGUGACAUGCCAAAAGUUUUUGAAAUGGCUGGGACAAUUGAAACAUCCAAUCAGAUUGUAGCAUUUUGGUCAAUGGCCCUUUUUAAAUAAAAGCUGAAACCUGAUUGGUUGUUGCAGGCUACUGUACCAGUUUUGAUAAAUCUCCCUCAUUAUUUUUGUUGUCAUUGAAUCUUAUUGCUGCUUUAGCCCAUGGUUUCUGUCUGAUAUUGUAGCUUAUCGCAACAAGGCUUUCUAUCAGUGCAUGAGGCCAAGCUGCAAUACCUGACACAACACAUGAAAAAGAGGGGCGCUGCUUUGGAAUAGAAAAGCAGACCCUUUUCCUAAUUAUGAACAAACCUUUUAGGGUUUCCCAUGUGCCAUGAAUAAUAUUAUAUAUAACAUAUUACAGAGCCAAACUGUGAUAAGUUAUAGGAGCCACAUAGACCAACCCUACAAAACCCAAAUUAUGGUUAGGCAUGCAAACAUUGCAUUUUUGUUCAGAGAUGUUCAGUGUUCCUGAGUUUACGCCUCUUUCAUGUUACAAUAAAAUAAAAAAGACAUAUGUUUCCAAGAUUCACAUAAGAACAAAAAGAGUUAUUUAUCAGGCAUGAAAGUAAAACAAUGCUAUAGAUCUAUUAUAAGAAUAUAGAAGUUAAUUGAUUUCAAAGGGACUUCCUUGCUUUUUAACCACCCCUGCGGCUUAGCAGCUUGUUAACAAAAGAAUCCAUGGUCCUGGCAGACAAGUGUAUUGGGAGCCCUUUUAAGAGUUGCUUUUCAACAUUCAUCCUGUCUCCAUUCUACCAUAGGGACUGUUCACUCAUCCUCAUCCUAUUGCUUCAAGUCAUACGCCAUGGUCUAAAAUGUGCGAGCAAAUGUGGGACUUAAAGGGGUACUCCGCUGUUCAGCGUUUGGAACAAACUGUUCCAAACGCUGGAGCCGGCCGCAGGAGCUUGUGAUGUCAUAACCCCGCCCCCUCAUGAUGUCACACC